AUGGCCUCGUUCCUGCAAGAGCUUUGGGAGUCCAUCUUCACCCCUGGCCCGACGCCCACGCUCCUGGUCGCCACGAAUGCCUCAUUUGCCGCCCUUCAAUUCCUCCUCUUGAUUCUCCUCAUUGCGACAUACUCCAUCCACUUCCUCGUGUUGUCAGCUCUGUGCAGCGGGCUUUGGUACGCCAUCAACUGGUUUGCCGCCGAAAUUGCGAGAGAUCAGCAAGUCCAAAAGGCGAAGGAUGAGAAGGAGAAGAGCCCUGAGCCGGAGAACGCGAGUGACACCGAUACUGAGACGGAAACUCCCGGGCCAGAAUCCACUACAGCAACAACCACAUCCUCUGCACCUGUACCUGGCCAGAGACACGAGACGCCCAAGCAGACACCCCCGACCCUGCUUGAGCCAAGUACGGCGGAUAGUGUCGAAGCGCUUAGGCGUCGGCGCAGCUUAGGCGAAAGCUCGGGGUACAUCAGCACCGACAGUGAGUGGGAGAAGGUCUCUGAGGGGGAAGAGAAAGGCAAGUAA